AUGAAAAUAUGUUUCUGUUUUUCAGAUUCUAAAACACAGUCAGCUUCCUUACACUGGGCACAGCAAGGUCUAGUGUCUGAUGCAGGGUUGCCGUUUACAGCUGCCACUGUUGCACAAGAGCAGUUUAUUCAACAACUAUUUCCCAAAGAACAACCCCAGCAGCAGCUACAAUCUAUUCAGCAACAUUCUCAGCUUCAGCAGCAGCCUCCACCUCAGCAGAAGCAGAUGUUUCCUCAAGAACAACCCCCAUUACAGCAACAGCCAUAUACUCAGCAGAACUCUCAGCUUCAGAAACAGCUUCCACAACAACAGCUUUCAUUUCAGCAUCAGCUUCUCAUAUAUAAAUUGUAUCCAUUACAGCAACUACCGUCGGAUGUUAUAAUGCCAUCUUACUCCCAGAUCAUGUCUACAGUGAGACUGCCUGAUUCCAUUUCUGAAGCUCAUGCAAUGAUACGGAAAUUUGAGCUGGAAAAAGCAUACAAUGAGUCACUGCUUGAGAGUACAAGGAGGCGUUACGAAGAGGAAAUGUUUUCUGUGGAAACCUCGUACAAAAACAGACUACUGAUAAUUGAGGAUUCAAACAAAAGAAGAGAAGCAAGACUGAGAGAAGACAAUGAAGAGCUUAUGCAGCAACACUUAUCAAAAAUACGACAGCUAGAACAGGAAAAAAGUGACCUGAUAGCUUCUCAGUACCACAGACUGGAAGACCUAGAAAGACAGAAGGCAGAAGAUUUGGAGAAGUUGAGGGAACAGCAUCGGCUGACAAUGGUUGCUUUAAAACGAGAUCAUGAAGAAGCACUGGAACGACUGGCAAGUGCCAAAAAUCAAGAGAUCAACAUGAUGGCAAAUGCUAAUGACACUUCAAAAAGCCUGACUGCUGUGGUACAGCAGAUACAGAACAAUGCCAGGGACUUGGAAGAACUGCAAGUCAAAAUACAGAGUUGGAACAAACAAGGCCUGGAUGAAAGAGAAAUAUCUUUUCGAUCCAAAGAUGAACAACUGAGAAUUUUACAAGAGAGGUUGAACAAGCAAGCCGAGGACAAUGAUAGAGAGAGAAGGAGGCUGGAAGAUUUGAUUGCACAGAUGGAGACCCAGCUGAAGGAACAGACAAGAACUUUAGAAGAGGAGCGCUGGAAACUGAAACAAGAUCAGAGCAGAUUGGAGGCUCAGCAAAGAUCAUUGGAAGCUGAAAGACAACAGUGGCUCGAGCAGCAGACUAGAGAUAGAAUCAGCUUGGAAAGAGCUCGGGAGAAUUAUCUCGAGGAGCAGAGCCGAUACCUGGCCCAGAUUAGUGAGGAGCGUCGCAUGCUUACAGAGGAGAGAACCAGGUUUCAGGUGGAGCAGAAAAGUCGGAGGGAUAAAGACCAUCAAGAUGCUAUUAAGAGAAGUCAGGCUGAGGCAGACUAUGAAUUACUGAUGAGAACAAUAGCAGAGGAGAAAUCCUACCAAAGCACUCGCAAACAAGAACUGCAGAGAGAAGAGGAAAGAAUAGCACUGGAGAGGAGCAGAUUAGAUAGAGAGAGAAAGAUGCUUGAACAAGAUCAAGAGAAGCUCGCAGCUCAGGCACGACAGAUCAGGGAGCAGUCAGAACAGAUAGAUCAUCUGACGGAGGCUGCCCGGCACUCACAGCAGGAUGGUGAACAAGCACUAGAGGAAGCAGCACAGUACAGAGCCCACCUGGAGAAGAAGGAGUUGGAGCUACAGAAGCAGCUCAAUGGGUUCAAGUCAAUGGAGGAUCAUAUCGCUCAGGAAAAACUGCGACUGGCCAAGGAGAAAAAAGAAAUUGAGAACCUGAAAAAUUCAGCCCUGUGCACAAAUUGUCGCUCUCCUCUACAUGGAAACAGUGUUCCUCCUCAGAAUGGUAAGCAUUUUUUUCAAUUCUUGUACAACAACCCUCAGUUGUCGAGUACAGUACUUCAGUCUGUCCCUGCGAUCUAUGGACACUCAACAGUACCACAACAGUAUACAAGUCCUCUUGACCGUAUUGCUAUUUCCAUUGCCAAUGACAGGGCUGUGCGAAUGUUGAAAAUACAAGCAAUCAAAGACAAAGAAUUCCUUCAAGAAGAAAAUAUGUAUUUGGAAGGCCUGCGGCAUGUACCUUACCAUUCAACAGGCUCGAAAACAUGA